AUGACAAGUAAGUAACCAACAUAUUUUUGAAAAAUAAUCAAUAUUUUUGAAUAAUUACAGUAAGACGAGUAAAUAAUGAUGUAACAGGUGCACCGACCACAAAAAGAGGUAUUUCAAGUAAUCGGAAAAAAGAAGGAGAAUUUUUCAAAGGAAAAGUAAUGUUUCAGGUUACUGUAGUGAAUAAUAGUCAGAAUUUUUAUAGAAUAAACCCGGUGGUUUUUUUGUAAAAGGAAGAAUAUCACCAGGAAGAGAAGUAGCACAAUUAUCUGGAACUGAUUCAAAAAUGAUUCAGAAAACAGAAUCAGGUGAUAAAUUAGCACCAGUUGAUGAUAAUAAUAUGGUAAUUGCGACAUUAUCAAAAGGAUUAAUUGAACAUCAAUGGUAUCAUGGAGUUAUGCCAAGAGAGGAAAUCAAUGAUUUAUUGAAGGUUUGCUUUUUUCUCAAUUCGGCGUCAUUUUCUAUAGAAAUGAUCAAUUUCUCAAUUCUAAAACGUCACUUUCUAAAAAUGGCAAUUGACCUAAUUUUUUUUUAUUUCUCACGUUUUUUUAUUUAAUAAUAAAAAUGUUUUCAGGUUGAUGGUGAUUUUCUUGUGAGAAAAACAACAGAGAAAUCCCGUCCAUUCAUUUGUCUUUCGGUUUGUCAUAAUAACGAAGCUCGACAUUUUCCGCUUGUUUACGAAAACGGAACAUGGACGUUGAAAAAUGUUUGUUAAUUUUUAUUUCACAUUCAAUUUCAUGACGAAAAAAAAACGAUUUUUCAGCUCGAACGAAACGACAAAUUUUUCGAACUCGUCGAACUUCUCAAUUUUCUGGUUGUUCAAAAAUAUCAACUUGGUCCAACAAGAACAGUUUUAGUUCGUGCAAUUCCUCGUCCAGAAUACUAUAUUUUACACGAAGAUAUUUGUCUUACAAACAAAUUAGGAUCUGGUGCUUUUGGCGAAGUUUGGAAAGGAACAUUGAAAAAACGAGGAGAUAAAGAUAAAGGUGUUCAAAUGGAUGUAGCUAUUAAACGAAUUAAAGGAAAUCCAAGAAAAUCAAUGAUACGAGAAUUUGUGAAAGAAGCCAAAUUAAUGAGAAGAUUGAAACAUCAAAAUAUAGUUCAAGUAAUUGGAGUUGCACCAAGUGAAGAACCUCUUAUGAUUAUAAUUGAAUUGGCAUCAAAUGGAUGUUUGAAAAGUUUUUUGAAGAAAACAAAAUGUCCGACAGAACAAUUAAUGCAAUUUUGUAGAGAUGCAGCAAGAGGAAUGGCUUAUUUAUCAUCUCAAAUGAUUAUUCAUCGAGAUUUAGCCGCAAGAAAUCUAUUAUUGGGUCCGCUUAUGGAAGUUAAAAUAUCAGAUUUUGGUUUAUCCGAAUGUGGAAAAACAGAAACAAAAGCAACAAAAAUGAAAGUUCCAAUUCGUUGGUUAGCACCAGAAUCCCUUGAUACUCUUUGUUUCACAACAAAAACCGAUGUUUGGUCAUAUGCAGUAACAGUUUGGGAGAUAUUCUCAUAUUGUGCAACUGAUCCAUUUCCCGGUUUAACAAAUGCACAAGCAAAAGAUAUAAUACGAAAUAAAACUCCACCAAUGCAAGCACCACCAGAUGCGCCAGGUGAUAUUGUUCGAUUAAUGUUAGAUUGUUUUGAGAAAAAUCCGAUGAAUCGUCCAACUUUUCCACUAAUUUUGAAGAAAUUGUCACCAACGGAGAAUAUUGACAUUUAUUUGAAACCAAUGCAAUUAAUGGAAGAAGGAAUGACAGAUCCAACAAGUGGACUUGGACAAUUUUCGGAUAAAUUAGCAGAUACACAACCACUUGCAUUACCACCACCUCCUGAUAUUGCAAAAGGAGCUAUGUCGGUUAGUAAACUUUUAAAUUGUAAACUUCUAAUUUUCAAAUCAAACAAGUUUUCAGACAAGAGCAGUGCGCGGAAGUAUUCCAUCAAAUACAGCUCUAAAUGUUCCUCAUAUUUCACCAGUUUCACUUGUUGAUACUCAACCAAUGUGUUCAUUAUCAAAACCUCCAUCUCCAGCUGGUCGAAGAAAUGGAUGUACUUCUCCAAGUAUUUUACCGCAAAGAACAAAUAGUAGAAGUCAAUUAAAACGAAAUAAAUGA